AUGGCAGACGAUCCAGAGCCUGCAGUUCCGAAGCCCAAGCGGGCGACUCCCUUCUACGGCAAGCCCUUUCCGGUGGGGCAGCUGCCGAAGGCCUGGUUCAGGUGGGCUCCUCUGGCGAAGCGCCCACCGCCGGUGCUGCCCAUGGCUGGGUCCAUUCCUGGCACAGUGCCGGUGGGGCGCCAGCCGCCGAAGGCCAAAGCGGCGAGGGACACGUGGCUCCGGGUGGUGAAGGCCAAGUCGGUGCCAGCGAAGUCUCCCGUCUUGAUGCAGCCCACCGAGAAGUACCCGGCGCACUUCCGGAGCUUCGGCUGCAGCGAGGAGCAGGCGGUGGAGACCGAUGUGGAGUCGCCGCCGGAGGCGGCUUCGUCUUCAGCGGGGGCUGCUGGCGGUGGAGCUGGCAUGGCUGUGCCAGACCUGGCAGCACCAAGGAUGGAGAGCUGCCCGCCGUGUCGCCCGUGUCUGGGUUUUACUCUUAUCCUGGCAAGGAGUCUGUGGCGGAUGGCACUGAUGGCAAUGGCCAUGGAUCACCCGCUGCUGCAGGGCCUGUGCAUCAUGCUGCUGGCGAUGUUUGUUCCCCGACAUCCCCCGCCCUGCGUUUGCCAAAUGAUGCUGGCGCCGAGGGCAAUGACGAUUCGUCAUCCGCCGAGCAGGGGCCUGGACCAGGCCAGUCGAGCAGCUCCGGCCGCAAGCGGCGCCUGA